AUGGAUCCCUCAGCUAAAGAGGGGGAGACCGCGACGGGCGGGGAGCCUGGCGGGGGUGCUGCCCCCUCCAGCGGGGUGGUGGUGCAGGUCCGGGAAAAGAAAGGCCCCCUGCGCGCCGCCAUCCCCUACAUGCCGUUCCCAGUCGCUGUCAUCUGCCUCUUCCUCAACACCUUCGUGCCGGGGCUGGGGACAUUUGUAUCUGCUUUCACCGUGCUUUGUGGAGCCCGGACUGACCUCCCAGACAAGCAUAGGUGUUGUGUCUUCUGGCUGAACAUAGCAGCUGCUCUGAUUCAGAUUCUGACAGCAAUCGUGAUGGUUGGCUGGAUUAUGAGUAUAUUUUGGGGGAUGGACAUGGUCAUUCUUGCAAGCCACAAGGAGCAGAGGAUACCACAGCAGCUGUAGUGGCUGGGACAAGUAUGGUCAGAAAAACACGGUGAGAGAUUUCCUUUGGCAGCUGUGGGCCACAGACCUUCACAUUACCCUUUGUCUUUCUUCUUCCUUUUGUUUUGUUUCCUUCUAUUUGAACC